AAGAAGAAGGAAUUACGGAAGUAGGGCUUCCAAACAGAUUCCCGUUGGAAGAAGAAUAAAAUACAGUAGAUCAUCGCUUUUCUUUAAUUAACACAAAUUAAAUCUUGGACUUGCCAUUUCCCAAUAAGACGAUGGGUACUAGAGAUGAUGAAUAUGAUUAUUUGUUCAAAGUGGUCCUCAUUGGUGACUCGGGGGUGGGGAAGAGUAACCUGCUGUCCCGCUUCACCCGCAACGAGUUCAACCUGGAGAGUAAGAGCACCAUCGGAGUGGAGUUUGCUACGCGCAGCAUCCAGGUGGAUGGCAAGACGGUGAAAGCUCAGAUCUGGGACACAGCGGGGCAGGAGCGCUACAGAGCCAUCACCUCAGCGUACUACCGCGGGGCGGUGGGGGCUCUCCUAGUCUACGACAUUGCAAAGCAUCUAACUUAUGAAAACGUGGAGCGCUGGCUGAAGGAGCUGAGGGACCACGCCGACAGCAACAUCGUCAUCAUGCUGGUGGGCAACAAGAGCGACCUGCGCCACCUCCGCGCCGUCCCCACUGACGAGGCGCGGGCUUUUGCUGAGAAGAAUGGUUUGUCUUUCCUGGAGACAUCGGCUCUGGACUCCACCAACGUUGAGACGGCCUUCCAGACCAUCCUGACAGAGAUCUACCGUAUCGUGUCCCAGAAGCAGAUGUCGGAGCGCCAGGAGAGCGACAUGUCCCCCAGCAACAACGUGGUCAACAUCCAGGUGCAGCCCACUGAGAACAAACCAAAGAUGCAGUGCUGUCAGAACAUCUAGCCCGCUCCGGAUCUGCUGCUACCCCCCCCCCCCCCCCUUCUCUCUCCACGGUCCUCGCCUCCCCCCCUCCCUUCCCUGGCUCUCACCUCCUGAAGCCCCUCCCUCAGAAAAUAGACUGCCUCAGUGUACUGUUGGUGCGGGAGGACCCCCCCUCUGCACCUCACCUGUACCUGCCUCCCCCCGCCCUGACCCCACCCCCUCCCCAGGUAAAUAUAUCCCGGUAUAAGAAGUCACCGCGUGGGGGAGACCCCCCCCCCCCCCAAGCAGAGCCCCCCCCUGUCGUUAGGCUACUGCAGGACAGCAGGCAGCAGGCAUUUCAUAUCACUUUAGAUUUCAUUACUGUAGAUGCGCUGUCACAAAUGUCUUAAUAUAUGAAUGUGAUUUUCCUUUUCAUACUUUGUGCUCAUGUUGAUUUCUUCACAUUUUGUAUGAUCUUUCUCUAAAUACUACUAGGUAUAUAUGAAUUUAAGGCACAUCAAAGUUGCUCUGAAGUGUAUUCCCUCUUUAGUGCAAUGUACUGUUUUGGAAACAUGUGGAUGUAUGGAGCUCAGAGUAGACUCUCUGCUCCCGUAGUGUCAUACCAUUUGAUCUGAUUGCUGUGAAUACCAUGCUAUUGAAACGUAAACACUUUAUUUUGCCGAGCUCCGGUUAGCGCAGUGGGGAGAGUCGGGCGUGAGCAGGCGUCUUCGUCCCCGCGGGGUCGGGCCAGCUUUGCAUGUCUCUGCUGCGCUGCAUGUCUUUCAGGCGACAGACUCAAUCUGGACUCUUUGUAGAACACUAUCAUUGCCGUGAGGGUGUGUGUAAUGUCGCCGUGAAAACUCAACACAACUCAUGUAUAUGCAGAUUUUUCAUGUUCCACUUUAAGUCUCCGUGUGGCUUCACGCAGAGAAUACUGAGAAUGAUUUCCUGAUUGAAGACAUAGUCCUUUUCUUGCUUAGGGAACAGAAUGCAGAUUGUGCAGAAACUAGCACAUGGCUCUUUUGAUCUUUUAUUUCUUAGUGCAAAUGAAGGAAUUAAAAAGCAGUGGAAGUAUGAGAUGUAAAGUUCUUAUGAUACUCAAUGAUAUUAUAAUCAAAAUUCUCCUGCGAAUUAUACUUAGCAUGUAACCACAGAACUGUAGUUAGGACGCACCUGAGAAAUAGGAAAUGUCUUUCACCCUGUAGGCUGGAUUCAUGAGCGUCACAACCUUGCACUGAUCGUUAUUACAUGCUUUCUUGUCUAGGGUUAGAUUUGUACUGCACAAGGAGAAUCUGGACCUCUUUUGUCAGAUGCUAUGAACCGCUGUUAGGACGGUGCCACUUUUCGAAAAACCAAAAUAUGGCCUGAGUCUCAAAGCCUUUCCUUACAUCCUCUAACUAACACAAAAAAGCUUGAAGACGAGGUGAGGAAUCAAGGAAACACUUUAGGGAUUCAGACACAUUCUUGCCAACUUCUGGUCACAGUGCCUCCUUCACCUGUCCCGCCUCUCAUCACCUGCUACCAGCUCUCCGUCACCCCCCACCACCAUUAACCCCGCCCCCGUGCUGUCCCCGUCACAUUAAGCCUACGUACACCGAGCUGCCUCUGACUUCAACACAAUGCAUGGCUUUCUGUUACGACUGCAACUCUGUGUCGUAUCGCCUUACGUAGCUAUCAUUACUGUCCAUGAAAUCCGCUGAGGGUUAGCUAAUAGAUGUGUCCAGAAUGCUCGCUAACAACCUACUUUGCUGAAGAAAAAAAAACCUCCCGAGUGUGUGUUCUGUUGAGUUUCAGUGUGUGGUGGUGUUGGCAGACAUGUACAAUGCCUGAGCUUUGUGUGUGUGUUUAGAGGCUGAGGGUGGAUGUGCAGCUCCGGAGUUUGUGAGCCUGGCUGGCGGUGCCAAUGGCGUUUCAUAGAACAGACGGCGCCGCCAGCCGAGCCCCCCACACUCAACGAGCUGAGGACAAAGUGAUUCCUUUCUAUUUAAAAUAUGAUUUCUGAUUCAUGUACCUCCAUUGUUCUGUGUUUUUUUAUUUUAAAUAGUGUUUUGAUUUCUUUUUUACUAUAUUGAAUUCUAUACUGACUGUAAUUCCAGUGAAAACGUGUUAAAAGUGAAAUAAUGUCAUUUCAAUGAACUUGGAGGGUUAAAAUGUGAGAGGGGGGUCAAAAUGAAUGGUUUUAUGUUUUUGUACAGAUUGAUAAAUUGUACAAUUGUGUCUAUAUCUUAAGUUAUCAGUUCAUCUUAAUAAAGCGCACCAGUCAUAAACCUUUAUA